UAUGUAUAUUUUCAUUUGUCGUUAUCAAAGUAACUUUCGGGGCUAAUGUGACGGUAGAUUCUGGAAGAGGGGCUGCUUGUGAGCUUUCAGCCGCCACCGCAAGCGUGCGCUGGUCGUAAACGACGGUGAGUAGUCAAGCCGGCCGGCAACGAACGGUCGGACAGUUGUCGGAACAUUAAUCGGCGACAGCCAAACGGCACCACUCGCGAGUUGGUAAACGUGUUGUGUGUAAAUGCGUGUGCGCAUGAUGACGACAUAGCACCCGCGUGUGAACAGUGUUCAUUUUGAGUUUAAAUAAGUGAUCAAAGUGAAUUCCGUUUAAAUUAAUUUCAAGUCGUGCCGGAUUCAAUUGGAAAAUUUAAUUAAUGUGUUCUAACCAACUGAAGCUGUUUGUUUAAAAAUUUAAGUGUAAUAUUGUAAAUGCCAAAUUGAUGGAUUAUCAAAUAAUGCAGUUUAAUGUAAUCUGUAAAGGUGGAGGUAAAAUACCAUGUGAUAUAGACCAUCUGCCACAAUCAAGGAGAUUGUAGCUUAAUGAUAGUACCGUUGGAGUGCACAUGGGUUGCGCGUCCAAAGGCCAAGACGUGUUUAACCAUUGCUAUUACGUAGCCGAAGAGAACAAUAUUGUAUCAUCGGACUACUUGCUUCAAGAUUGUCGUCCAGAUACAAAUGAACGAAAUAAAAGGCUCCCAGAAAGGAAUAGUGGCUUGCUGGUUGCUAGAUUGUUGAGUAUAUCAUCAGAUAUGUGGGACAAUUGUUGUUGCCGCCGAAGAGAUUCUCUAGUCGAAACAUCCAGAGAUUUAGGUGAUGUAUAUUCACCGAUAAACAGGAGUGAAUCUCCACUAGCACAAAGUCCAGAAAAUUGUAAUAGAUUUGUCUUUGGCUGCUUUUUGAAUAUACAAGAUGCACGACUAAAUUUUACUUUUAAGAAGAUAUUGAUAGUGGCGUCGAAAGAUGAUACGGUAUGGCAAACAUUGGAUACAACUGCUAUUCAUUUGGGCUGGAUAAUAGAUCGAGUAACCAGUUCUGACGAAGCUUUACAAAUUUUUCACAAAGGCAACGAAGUGCCAAUUGUAGUAUUUGUUGAUUGUAGGUGCCAAAAUGACAAAUUAAUUGAUGGGUAUCAUAUGGCUAAAUCACUGCGUUCAAAUAAACGAAAUUCUUAUGUGGUACUUGUCGCGUUGGUCAGAAAAAGCUUUGUAGAAAAAAACGAAAGUGAUGUUACAUUAUUAUUAACCAGUGGAUUUAAUAAAAUUAUGAUUGAAUCAUGUAACAAAAAUACCUGGAUUAAAGAGUUGAAUCAGUUGGAAAGGGAUGAUGUCGCAGUCCGAUCAGUGUUGGCACAGCAAGAUGCAAUUUUGGCAGCUAUGGAUAAGACCAAAGACAUAGUAAUCAUAACUGACCUCAAGCAUAAUAUACAAUAUAUGAACAAAUCGGGCUCAUCUAUUAUGGGUUAUAACACUGAGGAUGUAUUGAACAAACCAUUAGCUCUUUUUCAUCAACUUGGUGAUAUUGACCAAAUUACUAAAAAAUUAGAAAAGAACAUUGAAUGGGAUGGAAAAGUUUCAUGGAAGUGUAAGAACGGUGAACACGUGUACCUUCAAUGUCGAGCAUUUCCUUUCAAAGCAUUAGGAAAAGAAACAACAAACUAUAUAUACGUUCAAGAAACUACUAGUGACAAUCAUGGUUACCCUAGAGGAAGUGUGCCUUCUAUACGCAAAGGAUCAUAUGAUCUUAAAUCUAUUAAUAGUGAUGGAGCUCAAUCUGCACGAAGACAAAGUUUAGCAAAACUUCAUAAUUUACCAUUGGAAGCGCCAAUUACAAAAGUCAUAUCAUUAAUUUGUACAGCUCAAGAAAAUUCAAAUGAUCAAGUAGUACAAAUUCUCGAUAAAGUUGUAGAUAUUUUGCGUGUUACUGAACUUUAUUCGUCACACUUGAAAACUGAAAAUAUCAAAUAUGACGAUCCGGUUACUUCAGAUUUAAUUGGAGCCCUUAUUACGCAAAGUCAUAUGCAUGUUACAUCGACUAGGAGAAGUUCAAACGAUUCUGCUACUGUCAAAAGUCAACAAUAUGGGUUGAGUUUAGCUAAAACUAACUUCAUGUUGAGUGUAACUCCGCAGAUCAAGGAGCUCCUAGAUAUGUCAUUGUACUGGGAUUUCAAUAUAUUUAAACUUGAAGAACUUACAAUGAAAAGACCAUUGGUUCAUUUAGGAAUGAAUUUAUUGACACACUUUGAAGUUCACAAAACUUUAGGGUGUGAUGAACGUGUUCUUCACGGAUGGUUAACAGUUGUAGAAGGUCAUUAUCACUCUAAAAAUAGUUACCAUAAUUCGACUCACGCUGCAGACGUACUACAAGCAACAGCUAUGUUUUUGGAGAAAGAUAGAAUUAAACGGCUUUUGGAUCAACUAGACGAAGCGUGUUGUUUAAUUGCAGCUAUAACUCAUGAUAUAGAUCAUCCUGGAAAAUCAAGCGCUUUUCUGUGUAACUCUCAAAAUGACCUUGCACUCCUAUAUAACGAUAUAAGUGUUUUAGAGUCUCAUCAUGCAGCUUUAACAUUUAAACUUACAAUCAAAGAUGAUCGGGUGAACAUAUUUAAAGGUUUAGAAAAAGACACCUACAAAGUUGUAAGACAAAACAUUAUUGACAUGAUAUUAGCUACUGAAAUGACAAAGCACUUUGAACACUUGGCUAAAUUUGUUAGUGUUUGCAACAAACCGACACAACAAGAUGAUGUGCCAGCUGAUGGAUUAACACCCAGUGAAGUCGGUCCAGAAAUAAUUCAACCAACUAGUGCGGAAGAAGUGAAUCUUGUAAAAAGAAUGUUAAUCAAAUGUGCAGAUGUCUCUAAUCCAACCAGACCGCUUAAACUAUGUGUAGAAUGGGCAAAACGUAUUGCUGAAGAAUAUUUCAAUCAGACCGACGAAGAAAAAAUUAAUCACUUGCCAGUCGUGAUGCCAAUGUUUGAUAGAGCAACUUGCUCCAUUCCAAAAUCGCAAAUAGGAUUUAUGGAUUAUAUUAUCAACGAUAUGUUUGAAACAUGGGACGCUUUUAUUGACAUGCCAGAAAUGUUGUAUUACAUGAGGACUAAUUAUCAGUACUGGAAAGAUUUAGAAGAAAAGGGAACAAUAAGUACAAGUGACAAUUGUAAAACGUCACUAACGUAUUCAACACUACCAAAAAUUCCAGAGUCUAACGGCAACAAUUAAAAUUUAUUAUAUUAUUCCUAAAAAUGUAAGCAUAUAUUAUUAAAUAUGUACAUUGUGAACUAAAAUUAUAUAACUUAAUGAUAAAUGAUCUACACAUUUUGUCAAAGUUACUAUUUUAUACUAUGAAAUGUAAGAAUUAACAUGUCAUGUCCAUAUUUGUAAAUGAAAACUGCAUUUUGUGUAUAUACUAUUGUAUUGUUUAUUCAUGACCAUAUUAGGAUAACUGUCCAUGACCGACAAAAUAGUUAUAAGUAUAUGACAAAUCUUUGUGUGAAAUUUUAUGAAUUUAGACAUAUUGUUGUUCUUUGGUAAACGACACUAUCUUUAAUGUUAUUAUGUUUAAUAAUAUAUUAUAAUUGAGUGUUGGAUCUCGUUUGUGAUUUUUUCGAGUGCUUUUUAAUAACUAUCAGUUGUAUUAUAAUCUUCAUCGAAUUAUGAACUUUUAAAUAGUCUUGUUAUCAUAGUUAAACAUUAAUUUAUUAUUUAUGUUUUAAUUCUUUGUUAAAGUCAUCAUAAAGUUAUUAAAUGAUUUAUCGUAUAUAUAUAUAUAGUAAAUAGUAAAUGAUUUAUUGUACUUGUUACCAUUAGGUAUAGUAAAUUUAACUAUUUAUUAUGCAAGUUUAGGCAAAGUAAGUGAAUCCCAAAUUUUAAAGGGAUAUGGGACAAACCUCUGUUUUGAUUAAAAUAGUUUGUAUUUGAAUAAGUUAAUAAGAAUAUAAAUAUUAUGCUCUUUUAUAAAACGUACUGCAAUGAUUAAGGUACUUAAAGAUAAUUUGUAGUGUUUAAAUUUCUGCUGAUAAAUAAUGUCUAUAUUUCUUACAAAAUUAUAUUUCUUGUUAGGCAACUUGUAUAUUUAUAUGUAUUUUUUUUGCCAUUGCGCCUUAAAUAUCAUUGUACUGAUUUACAAAUUCGAGAACUAUACAAAUUAACAUAUACCAUAUUAUUUUAUUUUAAUAGUUACCUUCUAUAAA